AUGCAUGCUGGGAGGACACUUCAGUGCACCACAUGUGGAAAGGUGUUUAGGCAUGCAAGAUAUUUAAGGAGCCACCAGAGGGUUCAUUCUGGUGAAAAGACUUACCCUUGUAAAACAUGUGGAAAAUCUUUUCCCAAAAAGUCUAGUCUUCAGGCACACCUGAAGAUUCAUACAGGAGAAAAGCCUUUCCCAUGUACAGCAUGUGGAAAGAAUUUUCUACGAAAAGCUAAUCUUCAGAAACACCUGAUCAUUCAUACCGGAGAAAAUCCUCUUCCAUGUACAACAUGUGGGAAGGCUUUCAAACAAAAAUGUGAGCUCCAAAAACACCACAGAAUUCAUUCGGGAGAAAAGCCUUUCUCGUGUACAACAUGUGGAAAAUCUUUCAGGCGAAAUGAUGGUCUUAAGGCACACCUGAUAAUUCAUACUGGUAAAAAGCCAUUUCUUUGUAUAACAUGUGGAAAGUACUUCAAAGAGAGAGGUACUUUAAAGAAACACCAGAUGAUUCAUACAGGUCAAAAGCCUUUCCCAUGUACCACAUGUGGAAAAGCUUUUAGAGAGUUGAGUAUUUUAAGGAGACACCAGAUGAUCCACACUGGUGAAAAGCCUUUCCAAUGUCCAACAUGUGGAAAGGCCUUUACACAGGCAAGUACUUUAAAAAAUCACCAGAGGACCCACACUGGAGAAAGGCCUCACCAAUUCGGCUUGCUCAUUUGCGGGAGCUUUCAGUCUGUGCGCAUUCGCCUACAGUGA